CAAGUUUAUAAAAGACGAUGGUUUAUGUUGGCGUUGUUUUGUAUUUAUUCGUUCAGUAACGCAUAUCAGUGGAUUCAUUUGAACAUUAUUGCCAAUGUGUUAUUACGUUUUUAUAACGAGAGUCUUCCAGCUGACACUUUCCAACAAGAGACUGCGAUAGACUGGCUCUCCAUGAUAUAUAUGUUAGCGUACAUUCCCCUAAUCUUCCCAGCAGCUUGGCUCUUAGAUAAAAAGGGAUUAAGGAUUUGCCAUAUUCUAGGAUCCUUACUGAAUGCUGUAGGUGCGUGGAUGAAAUGUGCCAGUGUAGUUCAGGACAGAUUUGCAGUGCUAAUGACUGCUCAAACAAUAUGUGCUAUUGCUCAGAUUUGGGUAUUAGGUAUUCCGGCCAGAUUGGCGGCUGUGUGGUUCGGACCGGAUGAAGUGUCAACGGCUACUUCUAUGGGUGUGUUUGGUAAUCAGGUCGGUGUAGCAGUAGGGUUUUUACUUCCGCCAGUUUUAGUACCGAAUUCAGAGAGUCUGGAGACAAUAGGUCAUAAUAUGUCUAUCAUGAUGUAUGGUACUGCAACAAUUACUACUGUUUUAUUCCUAGUGAUAUUAAUAGUUUUUAAAAACAAGCCACCCAAACCACCCAGUCAUGCUCAGGUGCUGGCAGUGGAAGCGGCAGAAAAUGAAAAUUAUGGUGCCUCUUUAAAACGAUUAUUCCAUAAUCGAAGUUUUAUAAUAUUAAUGAUCUCGUAUGGUGUCAACACAGGUUCCUAUUAUGCUAUCGGUACCUUGUUAAAUGCUGUAGUUUUAAAUUAUUUUCCUAAUGAAGAAUUGAAAGCUGGACAGAUUGGAUUAACUAUCAUAUUAUCAGGAGUAGGAGGAUCUAUAGCAGCUGGUAUCUGGUUAGACAAAACCAGAACAUUCAAAGCGACAUCUUUAGUUAUUUAUAUCAUGUCAAUGUUGGGAAUGAUAGCCUUUACAUUCACCAUGAAUUUAGGCCAUUUAUGGAUAGUGUUUAUCACUGCUGGCUCACUGGGCUUCUUCAUGACAGGCUACUUACCAGUUGGGUUUGAAUUUGCUGCAGAACUAACAUAUCCUGAAUCGGAAGGUACCUCUUCCGGUCUCCUCAAUGCUUCAGCCCAGUUCUUUGGUAUAAUAUUUACGAUUGGAAUGCGAGCCAUCAUGAAUAAAAUAAGUGUAUUAGGAGCUAAUAUUGCCAUCACUGUUGCUCUGUUAAUAGGAUCAGUAAUGACAGCUGUAAUAAAAGCAGAUUAUAGGAGACAGAAAGCUGGUCAAGAGUUUAUAAAGAAGAUAGAUGGUGUAGAUAUAGAUAUACCAGCACCCGAUAAAAUACAAACUGAGCAGACGUCAAAUUUAAAUCCAGAAGCAUCGAAUUAAAGACUUUAUAAUUAUUAUUAAAUCGUGUUCUUUAAACAACAUACCAAAGUAUUUUAUAUAAAAAUAUAAUAUUC